UGAGGAUUUAAAAAGGCGCGUCUGUAGCAGCUCCAGGUGGAAACUUUCCACAGCCUCCAGACCUGCGCGUCAGCGUCCGCAGCUCCCACCAUCCAGUCAUGUCCCAUGGCAACAUCAACAACAUCACGGCGCGCUUAAACGCGGCCAGGAGAGUGGCGAUCUUCGGGGGGACGCACGGGAACGAGAUGUCCGGCGUGACAUUAGUGAAUCUGUGGAUGCAGAACAGCGCGGAGAUCCAGAGGAGGGGAGUGGAAAUACAGCCGUUCAUCACGAACCCGAAGGCUGUGGAGAAGUGCGUUAGAUACGUGGACACGGACCUGAACCGAGCCUUCACUCAGGAGAACCUCAGUGUGACAGGAGGCGACGAGCUGCCCUACGAAGUGCAGAGGGCCCAGGAGAUCAACAGGAUGUUCGGACCCAAAGGAAGCGCAGACGCAUACGACGUAAUCUUCGACCUCCACAACACCACAUCCAACAUGGGAUGCACUCUGAUCCUGGAAAGCUCCAAAGAUGCCUUCAAUCUGCAGAUGAUGAAUUACAUAAAGAAAGCCUUUGCUCCUGCUAGCUGUCUUGUUCUGCUCAAUGAACACCCUCUGCUGAAAUAUUCCACCUCUCGCUCUGUGGCCAAGCACCCUGUCGGUCUGGAAGUGGGUCCUCAGCCUCAAGGAGUUUUAAGAAGUAACAUCUUCGAAGCCAUGAGGGUCAUACUGAAACAUGCUCUGGACUUCAUCGAACUGUUUAACGAAGGAAUGGAGUUUCCUGCAUGUUCUGUGGAGGUCUUCCGGGUCUUGGAGAGGAUGGACUACCCCAGGGAUGCCAAUGGGAACAUCAUUGCCAUGGUUCACCCCAACCUGCAGGACUGCGACUGGGAGCCGCUGAACCCCGGUGACCCAAUGUUCCAAACGUUCGACGGAAAGUCCAUCCACUACCAAGGCCCCAGCACCGUCUAUCCCACUUUUAUAAAUGAGGCCGCCUACUACGAGAAACAACAGGCGUUCGUGACCACCAGGAGAGAAAAUUUGUUGGCCAGUGCCAUAAGGAAAGCGUGAUAAAGGCAAAUAAAACCCACAGAAAUAUGUGCGUCAACUUUGCACAGGCUGCAAAUCACAGGCUCAGUGCAAAAUAACAUUCUGAUUUAGUUAUUAUCUUUUUAAUAUCUGUAAAAAAUGUAUUAACUAUGCAAAAAUUCACCUGUUAAGCUAAGUAUUUAUGAUACUGUUAUUUCUAACCACUUAUUUACAUUAAAUGAAGCAAACUUUUAUUUCUUAUAGUUUGAAAGCGAAGGCCUGAUUAUUCUUGGCUUAUUAAACAUUCCAAACACACUCUUUAAGUUUCCUACUGCUGCUCAGGAAGGCCGUAGAAGAUCAAAACCUACAACCUCUGAACCCAGAACUGUUGUUGUCUUCUGCUGGAAACGUGUCUGUAAGAGGUGUCUGGGUGUGCUGUGUGGCCUUUGAUUCCACCUACCUUUAACUCCAGUGGUUGCAUCUGAGGUGCUGUCCUAUUGUUGCCUUAUUCAAGCGGUUUCAGAGAAACUCGCAUGAGGAUUUUGUGUAAAAGGGUGUCGAUCCACAAAACGCCAUGUUUAGGAUAGACGGUACAUGUUCUCGUCCUUUACGCUCCAUUGACAGUGUGAGACAUGUUUUGUAACUAUAUCAAUGUGUAUUUUUUGAUAUAUAUCUAUUUAUGUAUGUUUGAUUUUUGAGUGUUGUAUAGAACUUGUUCAGACACUUUACUGUCUGAUGUUAUUGUUGUCUUGCGUCUCUCUGUGUAACAACAUUAUCUUACUGUUGGUCAUUUUUCAAUCAGCAAUAUUUCUAUGUUCCCAGUUUAUAUUAAACAGUAAAAGUACUGUGAAGAUUAUCCAUUCAAUAAAUGUAGUGCAUCUGUGUGCAGAAGUU